AGCAGGAUGUCCCUUCCCAAUGACACCCAGUUUCAUCCUUCUUCCUUCUUAUUGCUGGGGAUCCCAGGACUUGAAAUAGUUCACAUGUGGAUUGGUUUUCCCUUUUGUGCUGUGUAUGUGAUUGCACUCUUAGGAAACCUCACAAUUCUGUUUGUGAUCCAGGCUGAGAACAGCCUACACCAACCUAUGUUUUACUUCCUGGCUAUGAUGGCUACUAUUGAUUUGGGUCUGUCCACAGCUACCAUCCCUAAGAUGCUCGGGAUCUUCUGGUUUAGUCUCAGGGAGAUACUCUUUGAUGCUUGUAUCACUCAGAUGCGCCCCAUCACUCAGAUGUUUUUUAUCCACAACUUCACUGGUAUGGAGUCAGCAGUACUGUUGGCAAUGGCUUAUGACCGGUACGUGGCCAUCUGCAACCCACUCCGAUGUAGCACCAUCCUUACCAACAAGGCUGUUUUUGUGAUUGGUGUGGGUGUGUUAGUGAGAUCGUUCAUUUUUGUGAUCCUAUUUGUAUUUCUUAUCUUGCGAUUGCCCUUCUGUGGGAAUCAUGUCAUUCCCCAUACCUACUGUGAACACAUGGGUCUUGCUCGCCUCUCUUGUGCCAGCAUCAAGAUCAAUAUCAUCUAUGGAUUGGGUGCUAUUUCAAUCCUAGUCUUUGACAUCAUAGCCAUUGCCCUGUCUUAUGUUCAGAUAUUCCAUGCUGUUUUCUAUCUUCCUUCCUGUAAAGCCCAACUCAAGUCCCUCAGCACAUGUGGUUCUCAUGUUUGUGUCAUCCUUGCCUUCUAUACACUGGCCAUCUUUUGCUUCAUGACACAUUGCUUUGGCCGAAAUGUCCCCCGCUCUAUCCACAUACUCCUGGCCAAUCUCUACAUCAUAGUGUCACCAAUGCUCAACCCUGUCAUAUACGGAGUCAGGACCAAGCAGAUCUAUGACUGUGUGAAGAAAAUAUUAUUGCAAACAUAA